UGGGAGGCUCGUUCCUUCAAGAGAAAACACAUCCUGGAGAAAGAGAUGCCUGAGUGAAACAGCUUCAUCACCAAUUCGAGUCCACACUGGCAACAGCCCCACAUCAGAUUCAUCAACUUGGCAGGUUAACAAUGCCACUUUUUGGCUGGAUGAAGUGGCCAAGAAAUGAUUCCUACAAACCCACACACUGUGCCGGCUCAGAUGUAGUGACAAAGACUCUGCUUCGGGAAUUAAAAUGGCAUCUAAAGGAGCGCGAGAGAUUAAUACAAGAAAUCGAAAAUGAACAAAAAGUAAGAAAAACAGGUGUGGAUUACAACUGGCUGAGAAACUACCAGAACCCUCACACAGCUAUCCCAGCUACUGAACAAAGACAGCUUGAAGUUCUUUGCUCCCAAGUUCAACCCUGCCAAACUGGAACUGUUCUCAGCAGAUUUCGAGAAGUUUUGGCAGAAAAUGAUGUACUGCCCUGGGAAAUAGUCUACAUCUUCAAGCAAGUUCUGAAAGACUUCCUCAGCAGCCUGGACAGAGGCAGUCCUGGAGAGAGCUCACAGGAGUCCCAGGAGACAGGCUGUCCCCUUCCCUCUGCACUCCCAGGUGACCAUGCCCAAAGUGCAGACAGAGAUGAAAUACCCACUAUUUCUAGUUAUGUAGACAGAAACACAAAGAACAGGUUCCCAUCAUGUUCACACAGAAUAUGGAACCUACCGCAUUAUUAUCCACCAAAUUAGGAAUGCACCAAUAACCAGCAAUUUUUAUGACCACCUUAGCAUCAGAGUUCUUAUGAUGAAUACAAAAAAUGUGACUUCAAGUUUGUUUCACGGUAAAAGCUAAAAUUCCUAUGGAUGUAUCCUGUCUUAUAUAGUAGUCUUUUCUCAACCAUU